CCGCUCACUCUCAUCAGCGGUUAGUAUUCGUUGGUCGACGCGGCAGUUCUCUUCGUUCGUUGUGUUUGAGCAGCUGGCCGAGUGGUCAGUGGUCAACGGGAUCCAGCUGACGGCGGGUGGUUUCACGGAAUCCGUUAUAAUCUGCAUUUAUUUCUCGCCUAUCUAUCAGACGGUGAUUGCAUUGCUGCAGGCACCGAUGGCCACAUAAGCCGAAACUCCACCUCCGAAGUGCGAAUUCAUAUAUAAGAGCAACCACCCUGAACACAGCCGGCGGUCAAGGGCUCGGAAAGCUCCGAGGUCGCCCGAAUAAAGAGCGCAACCUAACCUAACCUUGGGACUUACAGCGGUUGACAAGCGAGCCGGAAAUCCAGCAGGGGCGAAUCACGUUUUGCUGACAACGUCGCCCGAUGCCCGACAGAACUAAUCCUAUUCCGUCUGGAUCUUAGCUCUUCUUACACGGCAGAUCAUACGUUGAUCAAGAUUCGUCGAGUGCCUGUUUAGUGACGCACAGAGUGCAGUACGCCGGGCUGAAACAGCACUCGGGUUACGAGGUUCAAAUUUCGAACCUGGACUUAUCGACUGUCGACCCGGAUAGUGCUGACCUGUUUCACGCGGAAUCCUGCCAAGUGAUACAUGGUCACCUGUUUCAGCCACACAAUGCGACUCCAGGUAUCAGAAGUGCGAUGUGAUCAUCGAAUGUCCUGAUUCUUGCAACGCGAGGGAUGCAGGAGCCACGGCCGAAGCUCGAGUAGCGGUGAAAUAUAUUCGGGAACGGCAGGAUGGGAGCGAUGUUUCGUAGCGAGGAGAUGGCGCUUUGCCAGCUGUUCAUUCAGCCCGAAGCUGCCUAUCUCUCUGUUUCCGAACUCGGCGAAACUGGGACGGUGCAGUUCCGUGAUUUGAACGUAGACGUGAAUUCCUUCCAACGUAAGUUCGUGAACGAAGUGAGAAGAUGCGACGAAAUGGAGAGAAAGCUGCGUUACAUCGAGGCCGAGGUGAAGAAGGACAACGUCCCAACACAGGAUCAUCUUCUAGAGUUGCCACGAGCUCCGAAUCCGCGUGAAAUCAUAGACCUCGAGGCUCAUCUGGAUAAGACGGAGAACGACAUCCUGGAGCUCAGCCAGAAUGCUGUGAACCUGAAGAGCAACUACCUUGAGCUCACGGAGCUGCGCCACGUGCUGGAGAAGACUCAAGUUUUUUUUACCGAGGUAAGUGGUGGUUUGCACUCCCAGGUCCCAUUGGAUUCUAACAACUCUUAUUGUCAGCAGGAAGAGGUAAACGACUCGAUCACCAGGGCGCUAAUAAACGAGGAGGCAACUGCCGUCCAUCCGACAGCAGGAACCAGGGGACGUCUUGAGUUUGUCGCAGGAGUCAUUAAUCGAGAACGUGUUCCAGCAUUCGAACGAAUGUUAUGGCGUAUUUCUCGCGGUAACGUUUUUCUACGGCAAAAUGAACUUGACAAGCCAUUAGAGGACCCGAGUACGGGAAACGCGAUUUACAAGACGGUCUUCGUUGCUUUCUUCCAAGGAGAGCAGCUGAAAUCUCGAAUUAAAAAAGUAUGCAAUGGAUUCCAUGCUUCCUUGUAUCCAUGCCCCAAUAGUCACGGUGAACGUCAAGAUAUGGUCAAAGGUGUCCGGACUCGUCUUGAAGAUCUCAACUUGGUCCUGAACCAAACUCAAGAUCAUCGCCAACGUGUACUGCAUAAUGUAGCCAAGGAAUUGCCAAACUGGAGCAUCAUGGUUCGCAAAAUGAAGGCGAUAUAUCAUACGCUGAAUCUUUUCAACAUGGAUGUAUCCAAAAAGUGCUUGAUUGGUGAAUGCUGGGUUCCGGUACAGGAUUUGACAAUCGUUCAGAAUUGCCUCACCGAAGGAUCGCGCCUAUGCGGUAGCUCCAUUCCGUCAUUUUUGAAUGUAAUUCACACUGAUGAGGACCCUCCGACCUUCAACCGUACUAACAAAUUUACUCGAGGCUUCCAAAACUUGAUCGACGCGUACGGAGUGGCUUCAUACCGUGAGGCCAACCCAGCUCUGUACACCAUCAUCACAUUCCCAUUUUUGUUCGGCAUUAUGUUUGGUGAUGCUGGGCAUGGUUUAAUUCUGGCGCUUUUCGGAGCAUAUAUGAUCAUAUGCGAAAAACAGCUGAUCGCUAAGAGAAUCGACAAUGAAAUCUGGAAUAUAUUCUUCGGUGGUCGGUACAUCGUUUUUCUUAUGGGUCUCUUUUCUAUCUAUACCGGCGUCAUAUACAACGACGUAUUCUCCAAGUCCGUAAAUAUAUUCGGGUCCAGCUGGGAGAACCCUUACGAUUACGAAACACUUGCCGAAGAAGAGACCCAUACGUUGGACCCUAGAGACGCUUUCAAGGUCUCUCCAUACCCGCUGGGUUUGGACCCAGCGUGGCAACUUGGUGAAAACAAAAUCAUCUUCUUGAACUCGUACAAGAUGAAGCUAUCCAUAGUAAUUGGCGUUGUGCACAUGAUCUUCGGUGUCUGCUGCAGUAUCAUAAACUAUGUCCACUUCAAGAAAUACGCUAGUAUAGUGUUGGAGUUCUUGCCACAGCUGGUGUUCCUUAUGCUGCUCUUCUUUUAUAUGGUUUGCCUGAUAGUCAUGAAGUGGAUCUUGUACGCUGCAACCAACGAUGACUUUAGCAGAGGUUCUACUUGUGCGCCAUCAGUAUUGAUUACUUUCAUCAACAUGAUGCUUAUGUCAUCGAGUAGCGAUACGACUGAGGGAUGUUCCGAAUUCAUGUUCACCGGUCAAGGCACAGUCCAAUACGUGUGCGUCUUUGGUGCUUUGGCCUGCGUCCCCGUAAUGCUUUUUGGCAAACCAUUGUACAUCAUUACCACUAGAAAAAAGAACCGAGGUGCUUCCCCUGUUGUCAGCAACGGGAUUCCGUCACAGGAUAUUGAGCUUCAGCCAGGAGGCGUUGCGAGUACUUCGAACACCACCAGCGAGCACGGUGGUGGUCAUAAUGUCGAGGAUGAGGCGUUUAGUGAAAUAAUGAUUCACCAAGGCAUCCACACGAUCGAGUAUGUCCUCUCGACCGUAUCACAUACAGCCUCGUACCUUCGAUUAUGGGCUUUGUCGUUGGCUCACGCCCAGCUGUCUGAGGUCUUGUGGGAAAUGGUUUUGCGCCAAGGACUGGGAGCUGAGGAAGGAGAGUAUGUCAAAUCCGUCAUACUGUUCUUCGCCUUUGGUGCAUGGGCGCUCUUUACGCUAGCGAUUCUUGUCAUGAUGGAAGGUUUAUCCGCUUUCCUUCACACGCUUCGACUUCACUGGGUGGAGUUCAUGAGCAAAUUCUACACAGGGGAUGGAUACAUUUUCCAGCCAUUCUGCUUUAAGACAAUUUUCGAGGCAGAGGACGCUGAAGACUAAAUAAAUUAUUGCAUGCAUAGAUAUGUAAUGUGCAACGAGAAUGCCGUAGACAUAUUACAAAUACUGCGACUCAUCUUUUCGUACAAGAAAGUUUUAAUCACACUGGACCAAUGGUAUUGCUAUAUAUACUGGAACGAUUCGAAAAGCACAAAAAGUUAUCGAGGGAUAUUUUAGUUACAACAUAUACAGUGUUGUUUUUAAACGUGUUUUGAUCUCUCACGAACCAUCAGUGCCUAUCGAGUUACAGAAUAAUUAUUUCCAAGUACGUCAAGUCUUGUAUACGUAGCUCUUCCACAGAACUGGAAUAAAAUUAUACAAAUUGCUUUGGAGAAGUGUCUUAAUAAUUCAAGUGCUUGAUUGUAUUGUAUUCGAAGUAACAAACUGUCUGAUAUUGAGUCUUUAUUGAGACCCGUAAUUGGCUUUAGGGCCGUAUUUCACCUGAGUGCGUCACUGAUUUCAGGCAAUGAUUUCGGGGUUUCAUAAUUGUAGGGCAUACAUACUUGGCUUUUUUCAAAAAGUAACAAAAAAAUUACUGUAUAUUUUAAAGAGGAUGUAUGAAAGCUGUACGAACCCUGAGAAAUACGAAUACUUUGAAAGUCUCAGCUUUUCUCGUCGCUCUGUUCGAUCCAGCAUUGGUAUUAUAUUUGUAGACGUUAACUGAAAUGAGAAUUGUGAUUCGUCACUGACAUACGGCCUUAAUGACUGCGUUUUUAAGCAAUACUUGACUUUGUGUAUCGAGUAUGUGAAUAUUUCCACCGAAACUUAUAUAUUUACCUCUGUUCGUUACUAUGUGUAACGAAAAAAUGCCUUACAGCCGGCAUUCUGAGUUUCUCUUUGUCUCACUGAUCUUUGAAUGGAAACCAUUGUAUGCAGGAAUCAAUCAUCAUUGUGAUUAUCAAUGCGGUACACAGGGAUAGGAAAUUGAAAAACAAGAGAUGGGGAGAGAGAAAGAGAGAAACAGAUCUUCCAGCGCACAACUAUUGUUAUGUAUUCAUUCCAAAUGUAAUUAAUAUUCAUAUCUAUUUAAUAUAUCAAAUGGUUACUGUAAAUAUGAACGUUCGAUUAAGAAAGUACAAAGCAUUUUCAAUUCUCUAACAAGUCUAUCAGGAAAAGAAAUUUGAUUCUAUUGAAAAAGUAAUAAAUGAUUGUUAUUCUUCUAUCAGCUGCGGCGCUAGAAACCGUCGACGGGUGAACCAAUCAAAAUUUACAUGAUAUAUAUUUUAAUAAUACCGAAAUCGUGUAAUAUUGUAUUAUAUCAUAUAUUAAAUCAUAUCAUAUUGUUG